CGUGCGCAGCUAUACGACACCACGCAUUCUCUCCUGAAUGCCUGUUUGUCUCUCUCCCCGGUAAGUUAGUCAGUCGUAGAGCUGCUCGGGCUUGAGGCGCAUCGCAGGGCAACCGAGUAAAUGCGCUGAUAUCCUUACAUCCCUCGACAAUGGCAUCCAGCGGUCAUGACUAUUACGAUGGCUUUCGUACCUUCAGUUGGGUGUCCGAUCUCAUCGGCCUGCCCAUUGACCAAGUAAAUUUUCUAAUAACCCAGUUCACAGCUUUGGGAUUGGCUGGAUUUUUGAGAUUAUCGUUAGAUCCAACGUCCUCCUCGCCGUCCAGCAGACAUUUAUUUGGACUUGUAAUUGGUCUUAUGCUUGGUUACUUCAGUUUUGGCAAGCAGGCGAUGCAUUUGGCAGGGCUGCCAGCAAUAUGUUAUGCUGCCAUGCGAACCUUGGAUCCCCAUCACAUGCAACGAGUAGUUCUUGCUGUAGCGCUAAUAUACUUAUCGUGUAUACACUUUCAUCGACAAAUGUACGACUAUGGCUCCUAUACUCUUGACAUUACUGGUCCACUGAUGGUUAUUACUCAGAAAGUAACGAGUCUAGCUUACAGUGUGCAUGAUGGGCUGACAUGUAAGGAGGAAGAACUCACACCAACACAACGUGACCAUGCCGUGCAAAAAAUGCCAACUAUGCUGGAAUACUUCAGUUAUAUUUUUCACUUUCAAGCUCUCAUGGUGGGGCCUAUAAUUUUUUACCGUGACUACAUUGAUUUUAUUCAUGGGCGUGGUCACAAACUAUUAACGAAUGCGAGCGACGAACAAAAUGGUCAAGUAAAUAAAAUAAUAAUGGAACCAUCCCCGAAUGUAGUUGUGAUAAAAAAAGUUAUAGCGAGUCUCAUAUGUGCAUUAAUAUUCAUCAUUCUCCUCCCUUCUUAUCCAAUUAAAAAAAUUAAAGAUGAAGAAUUUCUAAACAAUACUUCAAUGCUUUACAAAUACUGGUACCUGAUAUUAUCAACUAUGUUAAUUCGUUUUAAGUAUUAUCACGCCUGGCUUUUCGCUGAUGCAAUUUGUAACAAUUCUGGUCUAGGCUUUAAUGGCUAUAGGGAAGAUGGCACAGCCCGAUGGGAUCUCGUUUCUAAUGUUGACGCCAUCAAAUUUGAGACAGCUUUAAGUUUAAAAGAUGCUAUUCAAGCAUGGAAUAAGGGCACGAAUCGAUGGUUAAGAAUGAUCGUCUACGAAAGAGUGAAACACAACAAAACCAUUCUCACUUAUGGUCUUUCCGCUCUGUGGCAUGGUUUUUACCCUGGAUAUUAUCUUACGUUUGCCAAUGGAGCUUUGAUUACAUUUGCCUCUAGAUCGAUUCGUCGAUGCAUUAGACCAUAUUUUCUUACCUCAAAAACAAAGAAAGUACUUUAUGAUAUUAUUACCAUGGUUAUAACUAGAUUUAUCCUGGCCUACAUAAUUUUUAGUUUUAUUCUCCUUGAGUUUCGUGCUAGUAUCAUCUUGUACCUGAACAUGUACCUUGCACCGCACCUUAUUGGCAUGUCGGCGAUCCUUGUGCUGCCACUGUUGACGAGGACGCGCGAGGCCAAUGGCUCAGGAACUUCAAAAGCCAAGCAUGAUAAGCCAGUGGGCGAAUUGCGGACCACUGCCAACACUAACGGUCACAUGCACAAGAGCAAAUAACACGGCCCAAGUGGUAUGCGUGAGAGCGAUGGAUGACGCGAGACGGAGAGUGUUACCGUGGGGUGCGUUUGCUCGUGUUCUUCUUGCUUGCGGGAAUUUAAAGCCAUGGGGCUUGGGCAUCGAGAUCGUUAAUGAAAAGCUGCUGCCUUGGGAACGAUUGGGUAAUAAUCUGGUUCGUUAUUCUGGAAAGUCUCGUGGAAGAGCGAGCUGCUCGUCACCUGGUGGAAAUACCCUAUCGAAACAGACGACCGU